UGACCACGUCCAACUGCAACUUGUGAGCGCCGCCUGCAAAACGAAACGAAAAUAAAUACCAAAAAAAUACUUACAACAAACACAACAACUACCGAAAAAUGCUGAGCGUCAUGGCAACGACGACACAGGAAGUCAUGGAUGUGGAGAUGUCGACGACCAAUCCAAGUCCACUGCAGGGCAGUGUCAACGUCAUUACCAUACUCAGCACGAGUAAUAACAACAGCAACAACAACAACAACAACAACAACAACAGUGCUCUUACCAACAACAAUAGCAACAGCAAUAUAAACAAUAACAGCGAUAACUGCAACAUAAUUCCCAGCGAAUCGCCCGAAGCAGCAGCAGCGGGAGCAGCAGCAGGUGGAGGCGGUGGCGGAGGGGCAGCUGCGGGGGAGCAUAGUUUUGUGGCAAUUCCAUUGCUCGAGCGUCGGCGUCGCAGUCGCAGCCACAGUCGCUGCCACAUCGCGCCGCUGGCGCCGAUUAUUUGCAUACAGAACGGCGCUCAUCCCGAAGAUCUAACUCAACUCUCACGCUCCGUUUCGUGCUUCGUUCGAUUUCGCCGGAGUUUCGCCAAACUAUUUGCCAAAAUCAUGGGCAGCAAUAAUCCCAGCGAAGCGGAUCGAUAUGACUAUUAUGAUUAUGAGUUGAGAAUUGUGCAAUUGGAGUGCAGGUUGAAGACGCAGUUGAAUUUGCAAAUUGAAGUUGAAGCUAAAGCAAAACGUAUAGAGAACUAACGCUAUUAUCGCCAACAUGUAAAUGACAACAUCAGAAUGAUCAGAAUGCAACUAAAACUACUAACCCAACUACUAGCAGCAGACAGGCGCCUAACAACAACAACAACAA